UAGAGGGACGAACUUCUUUGACGGAUAAAGGACCAGGAAGCGUAAAACACACUUAACAUCCGUGUUCUUCCCUAAAUGCUUCACGUUUCUGUUGACAUAAUAUUUUUCAUAACAUUCGUCGUAAAUUAUUUGAUAAAUAACCUUUUUAUGUAAUUGGUAGGCUAUUUCAUGAUUUGUAAUGUGUUGAACGCGAUCAGACCCUCAAAGGCCACACAAGGGCACAUGCUCAGGGCUCUCAAGUUUGAUAAAAAUGUUAUCUUGAGAUUACCAUACCUGUCAACGUUUGGGUACUAAAAUCCGGGAGACUGGGGUGAUCGAUGUUUCUGAUAGGGGCCAUUUCGAGAGCUCUCAACUCGGCAGAAAACUUCCCUCAGUAGUCUAUGACUGCGGCUCAGCGGGACAAGUUAUAGCCUACCUUACUUCUCAGCGUGAUAAAUAUCAUUGACUGUCUCUGUCAGUCUCUCUAUCACUGACUGACAUCUGACUGUCUCACUCUUUUUCUAUAGCAAUGAAUGCAUUUCAUGUUUUCAACUAUGUCAUGUCACGCACAUCAUUAGACUGCUGUGAAAGUUCAUAUCGGAAAGGCUAGGCUGGGUUACAGGAAGACUGAGAUCUAUAAAUGAAACUUAAGUAAUGAUGAACACAGGUAGCACACGCUAUCUUAUCUUUUUUCAAUACAUUGGAACUAAAUACUGCGGAGUGGUUAGGUCACCUGCACACUAUCAGAUGUUCGGGGUCCAGAACCAUCUGGAGGACGCAGUGAGGAAGCUUCGCCCUCUCAGCGACGUGUCGUUGACCAUCUCCAGCCGGACAGACACCGGCGUCCACGCCCUCUCUAACUCCGCCCACUUUGACCUACAACGCAGAAACAACAAGCCCCCAUUCUCAGAGGAUGUCCUAGUCGACGCCCUCAACUUUCACCUGAGGCAGGAGCCAAUCAGGGUCAACUGUGCCUACCGUGUGCCUGAAGGGUUCCAUGCACGUUUCCGCGCCACGUCACGAACAUACGUGUACCGGCUGGCUGCCGGUGUGACCCGGCCCUCCCAGCUGCCCCUGGCCGACCUCAGGCUGUGCUGGGGCCUAUGCAACACGGAGCUGAACGUGGGGGCCAUGCGUGAGGCUGCUUCCCUGCUGGUGGGGACCCAUAACUUCAGCAGCUUCAGAGCAUUGAACUCUGAGACACCUUUCAAGGACCCUGUGAAGACCCUGGACCUGGUUCUCCUGGAGCCGGGAGAGGCGUUCGCUCACAGACAUUUCCACAGAGAGAUCCGGUUCUGGGAGCUUACUUUCAAGAGUAGAUCCUUUCUCUACAAACAGGUGCGCAGGAUGACUGGGGCUCUGGUGGCGGUCGGCCAGGGAAAGCUCUCCAUCUCUCAGCUAGAGAAACUACUGGAGGCCCAGGACUCCCUGGCCUACCCACAGAACCUGACAGCACCCCCCCAGGGCCUGUUUCUGACCCAGGUGGAGUACCAGCAACAAGGUGAGAUGCUGCAGCUGAGCUCCAGGGUUCUGAACGCCCCGGCAGCUCACUAGAUAGGUAUGUGUGCCAUGUAGGCUGAGGCCUUACCGCACGGCCUGGGGUCACGCUGAGGCCUUCCCGCGUGGCCUGCCUGGGGUCCAGCUGAGGCCUUACCGCACAGCCUGCCUGGGGUCCAGCUGAGGCCUUACCGCACGGCCUGCCUGGGGUCCAGCUGAGGCCUUACCGCACGGCCUGCUUGGGGUCCAGCUGAGGCCUUACCGCACGGCCUGGGGUCCAGCUGAGGCCUUACCGCACGGCCUGGGGUCCAGCUGAGGCUUUAACGCACGGCCUGCCUGGGGUCCAGCUGAGGCCUUACCGCACGGCCUGGGGUCCAGCUGAGGCCUUACCGCACGGCCUGGGGUCCAGCUGAGGCCUUACC